GGAAUUAUGGGUCCAGGAUCUUCAUACAACUCUGGACAAAAAGGACCCAAAGGAAGCCUAUCACAAUGGCAAUGCCAGGACCAAGAAUGCGGACUUGAACAAGGAGACUUCAGAGGGGGAAAUUUUCAAAGAAGACUCACACCCAUGGACACUAGGAUGUAUCCAAAAGGAUGUACCUCUGGAGCCCGUGUUGGGAGAAGCCACUGAAUGGAAAGAUAGGCUAGAGAGGUGAUAGGAGCACAUGCAGGAAAGAGACAGGAGAGAAAUUUCUUGGAAGUGAUUGUUAAGGACAAGAUAAGUCCUAGAGAAGAGAGAGGCCCAAAGGAAGGGUUCAGUCUUACUUCCAAACUCCUCAUACAUCAGAGACAUCCUAAAGGACAGAGAUCACAUAAAUGUGGUGAAUGUGAAAAAUACUUCAGUUGGAAUUCAGACCUUAUUCAACAACAGAGAAUCCACACUGGUGAAAAAACCCAUGAGUGUAUUGAGUGUGGAGAAGCCUUUAGUCGGAGCAAAAAUCUUAUUCAACAUCUGAGAAUCCACACUGAGGAGAAACCUUAUCAAUGUAAUGUGUGUGUGGAAAAGCCUUUAAUCAAAACUAAAGCCUUAUUCAGCAUCAGAGAAUUCAUACUGGGGAGAAACCCUAUGAAUGUAAUGAAUGUGGAAAAUCAUUCAGUAAUAGUUCACAUGUUAUUGUAUAUCAGAGAAUCCACACGGGGGAGAAACCUUAUCAAUGUAGUGAUUGUGGAAAAGCCUUCAAUCAGAGUUCAGGCCUUAGUCAGCAUCGGAGAAUCCAUACUGGAGAGAAACCUUAUAUGGGUAAUGAUUGCAGGAAAGCCUUUAGUCAUAAUUCACACCUUAUUGUACACCAGAGAAUGCACACUGGAGAGAAGCCCUGUGAGUAUAAUGAGUGUGGCAAAGGCUUCAAUCACAGCUUAAGCCUUAUUGCCCAUCAUAGAAUCCAUACUGGAGAAAAACCUUAUAAAUGUAAUUUUUGUGGUGUGUCUUUUAGUCAGAGUUCAUCUCUUAUAGUACAUCAAAGAAUCCACACAGGGGAGAAAUCUUAUAAAUGUAAUGAGUGUGGGAAAGCCUUUAGUCAUAGCUCACUGCUCAUUGUUCAUCAGAGAAUCCAUACUGGGAAUAAACCUUAUGAAUGUAAAGACUGUGGGAAAGACUUCAGUCAGAGCCAAAGCCUUAUUCAACAUCAGCCACUCCACACUGGAGAGAAGCCCUAUAAAUGUCAUGAGUGUGGGAAAGCCUUCUGCUGUAACUCACACCUUACUGUACAUUGGAGAACCCACACUGGAGAGAAACCCUAUGAAUGCCAUCAAUGUGGCAAAGCUUUCAGUCAGAGCUCAUACCUCAUUGUACAUCAGAGAAUCCAUAUAGGUGAGAAAUCCUUUGAGUCAUUUCACUUAAUUCAUUAGCACAACGGACUAAUGAAGUCAAGAAAUGGGAUUGCUCAAUGUAAUGGAAUACUAUU